CUACAAUGUCUGGACGCGGUAGAGGACGCGGCGUUGGUGGAAGAGGCCAAACAGGUGCAGAUCAAUCGUUGUCGCAAGCAGGACGCAGCGGCGGAAGAGUGUACGGUGGCCGCGGAUCAUCAAAUCCUUACGUUUCUUCUGCUGCAGCGCCUCAAACUACUUCUAGUUCUGCUUAUUCUCAAUCUCAUUCUUCCUCAUUGCAUGUUUCUUCUUCAUCGGCGGUUUCCUUAGCUACGGAUGUUGAAAAGAAGCUUAACCUAGCUUCGACUUCACGAGCUGUUCAAUCGGCUUCUCCGCAGCCUCAGGCCAUGAAAGAGCCGUCUCCUACUCCGGUUGUGAUCCCGUCACCUUUACCUAGAUCAUCAAGAGCUGUCGAAAUGCCGGAUAGACCAGAUUUCGGGAGGAUCGGCCAGAAGAUCACAGUCCGUACGAAUCAUUUUGCUGUUAAAUCAUCGAACGUCGAUGUUCAUCAAUACGAUGUCUCCAUUACUCCUGAGGUGACGUCAAAGAAGGUAUGCAGGGACAUAAUGAAUACUCUGAUUGAUUCAUACAUGGAAUCGCAUUUGGGGAAACGGCUGCCUGCCUAUGAUGGCAGCAAGAGUAUCUACACUGCAGGGCCGUUGCCAUUUGUAUCAAAAGAUUUUGUUGUGAAACUAUUCGACAAGGAUGAUCCUACAAGGAAGGACCGUGAUUUCAGGGUGAUAAUAAAGUUUGCUGCUAAAGUGGAUUUGUAUCACCUUCAACAGUUUUUACAGAGAAAACAAAAGGAUCUUCCUCAAGAGUCAUUGCAAGCUCUUGAUGUAGUUCUAAGAUCAACUCCUUCUGUGAAUUAUACUGUUGUGGGGAGGUCAUUCUUCUCACCUAGCCUUGGUCCAAAGGGGAAACUUGAUGCUGGCCUAGAGUAUUGGCUAGGCUUCUACCAAAGCCUCCGACCUACUCAGAUGGGGCUUUCUCUCAACAUAGAUAUGUCAGCAAGAGCAUUUUUUGAUCCAAUCCUAGUGACAGACUUUAUUGAAAAACAACUCCAUAUUAGAGAUCUAUCUCGGCCUUUAUCUGACCAAGACCGAGUCAAGAUUAAGAAGGCCUUGAGAGGUGUCAGUGUGCAGCUAAUUCACAUGGAAAAUAUCAGGCGCAGAAAGAUAGUUAGUCUAUCUCAGAAACCAAUUAGCCAACUCAUGUUCACGAUUGAUGAUAAAAAGAUGUCUGUUGUCCAGUACUUCCAACAACGGUAUAAUUUCAAAGUUAAAUAUCCUUCCUUGCCAGCAAUUCAGUCUGGAAGCGACUCAAAGCCAAUUUAUCUACCAAUGGAGGUGUGCAAAAUUGUUGAGGGUCAGAGGUAUUUGAAGAAGCUAAAUGAGAAGCAGGUAUCCAACCUUCUGAAGGCUACCUGCCAAAGACCCAAGAUGAGGGAACAAAGCAUUAGAAAGAUGGUGGCUGGAAACAACUACAGCAUUGACAAGUUUGUAAAUGAAUUUGGGUUAAGUAUAAAUCCUGAACCCACAACGGUUGAAGCAAGGGUUAUCCCGCCUCCCAUGCUCAAAUACAAUGGAUCUCAAGAGGCUCCACGUGUGGGCCAAUGGAAUAUGAUGAAUAAGAGAAUGUAUAAUGGGGCAACCAUAGAUUACUGGACUUGUGUGAACUUCUCAAGAUUACAACAUGAUCAGGUCGGCAAUUUUUGUUGGGAGCUCGUGCAAAUGUGCAAAAGCAAAGGGCUGAAUAUCAAAGAGGAGCCGCUUAUUCCCUUCUAUGCAUCACCGUCUAACCGCAUUGGAAAUGCACUAGCUACUAUACACACGCAGUGUAAAGAGAAGCUAGCAACGUUGAAGGAAAGCGGCAAACAUCUUCAAUUGCUGAUUGUCAUCUUGCCUGAUUUUUCGGGUUCAUACGGGACGAUAAAGAGGAUAUGUGAAACUGAAUUAGGGAUUGUUUCUCAAUGUAUUCAGCCUAAAAGAGCUGCCAAUGUGUCUAAGCAGUAUCUUGAAAAUGUUACGAUGAAAAUUAACGUGAAGACCGGAGGGCGCAAUGCAGUGCUUGCGACUGCUGUGGAUAGGAAAAUACCUUUUGUGUCUGAUCUGCCUACUAUAAUAUUUGGUGCUGAUGUUACUCAUCCUCCUCCAGGAGAGGACUCAAACUCUUCAAUUGCAGCGGUGGUUGCUUCAAUGGAUUGGCCAGAGGUAACCAAGUAUAGAGGAUUGGUAUCUUCUCAAGGGCACAGAGAGGAGAUCAUCAGUGAUCUGUACAAUGAGAUUGAUGACCCUAUAAGGGGAAAAGUUAAAACUGGGAUGAUUAGGGAACAUUUGAUUGCGUUUAGGAGAUCCACCGGUUAUAAACCUUCGAGGAUAAUUUUCUAUAGAGACGGUGUGAGUGAAGGGCAGUUCAGCCAAGUUUUGUUGUUCGAGAUUGAUGCCAUUCGGAAGGCAUGUUGCUCGCUGGAGGAAAAUUACCUGCCACGAAUUACAUUUGUGGUUGUGCAGAAGAGGCAUCACACUCGCCUCUUCCCAAUGAAUCAUGAUGAUAGAGGAUCAACUGACCGGAGUGGAAACAUUUUACCAGGUACGGUUGUUGAUACUAGUAUCUGCCACCCUAGAGAAUUUGACUUCUAUCUGUGCAGUCAUUCUGGCAUCCAGGGAACUAGUCGGCCAGCCCACUAUCACGUGUUGUACGAUGAAAAUGGUUUUAGUGCAGAUGCACUGCAGGGACUUACCAAUAGCUUGUGUUACACGUAA